AAGACGUUACUAACACUGGCCGAGCCCUUCGCAAAAAAACCCGCCAUUUUCGCUUUAUUAUGGGAAGAGGAAAGCUCGUCCAUGGAGAACAGGAGGUGCAUCGUUCCCCCUGUGGGCGAUCUGGUGGGUCAGCUUGACUUUCGCUGCGAGUGGUGCAGCAAGGUCUACAAGAGUCUGGCCAGCUACCAGAAACACAUCCAGUACACCCACAACAUUCCAGUGGGGGAGCACAGGUGGUUCAACUGCUUCCACUGUCCCUGCACAGAGUGCCGGUACCACCAACACGGAACCGGAGUGCAGGUGUUCCGACAUAUCGGACAACUCCGCCGCCACUACCAGCAGAAGCACAUGUCCAGACCCUUCAGUUGCGCUGCCUGCCAGAGGCGCUUUCCCUUGGAGUCUUCGCUGGCGUCCCACAGAUGCUGCCAAGCCAAGGAUGGCGAGUCCUCGUCAUCCAUCGUGAAGAGCCAUGUGUGCACCGUCUGCAAGAAAGGAUACCAACGCCCAAGCACACUGCGACGCCACAUCCGCAGCGAGCACGGAUCACUUAAGGAACAGGUGCACCAAAAGGAGAAUGCUCCCACCAAACAACACCGAUGCCUUCACUGCGAUCAUGUUUUUAUCAGCAAGGAUACACUGGAGCUCCACGUGAAAUCCAGACACCACCAAAAAAUAGAGGACGAAUGCUUCCUGCUCGAGAUGGAGCAGCUGGUGCGUGGCAUCGAAGAUGGGACUGUGCGGGAUGCAUCGUUGCUUAAGGAACUGGCCUCCAUUCUUCCCGAGCUCCGCCGGUUGCAGGAAUCCGAUACGAAGACAACAUGAUUUCUU